CUUUCUUUCUUUGUGUCUCAUUUCCUUCACGGGUACUCACGAACAUGGCACCCCCAUCUAUCUCCGCUUUCAUCGCCUUUCUUUAAUCAAGAUUAAAUCUUUUUAAUUAAAUUUUUUUACCCAAAUCGAUCCCAUUUGACCCAGAAGACAAAAAAUCAGAAAAAACCCUAGUUGCAUUUUUUUUUUUUGUAUCAAGAACUGUGUAUUUUGAUAUACCCUUUAUUGAAUCUGAAUCGAUCCAAAAACCCAAAGUGUUUUUUGAGUUAAUUACAUGUCUUAGAUGAGGUUUACUCGAAGAUUUACGAGGAUUUUUAUCAUCCUCUGUUUGAUUGCUGUUUUUGUUACAACUCCAAUCUUGUUGUUUUCUUCACAUAGGUUGAUUCAUCUUGGUUCUGAUGCAUCGAAGGAGUUUGUUGGAGAUUUAUCAAUUCUGAAGCACAGGAUAGAGGUUCAGGCGCUUAAUGCAGUUCAACAGGAAGAAGUUGAAAACCUCAAAGAACCAAUCUUGGAUGUCUACCGAGAUGGAAACCAAAUUUCUGCAGUCAGUUUGUUUACCAUUGAUAAGAAUGAUAGUCUUGGUCAACCUAAGAAUGUCAGUUUGGCGGGAAAUAAUGUAACCACACAUGAUACGAAGAAAGAAAGUCAACAAAGUUUACCAGAGGAAACACUGGCCACACGAGAAAAGGCAUUGGAAAAACCCAGGCCAAAAGAGGUUCAACAUAGUCAGAAUGUACAGUCUCAUCCACGGAGGGCAUUAGAUGAGAGGGUGAAGGAGAUUAAAGAUCAGCUGAUAAGGGCCAAAGCAUUCUUGAAUUUUGCACCGGCGGGUAGUAACUCUAAUUUUGUGAAAGAGAUAAAGCUACGAAUUAAAGACUUGGAACGAGCUGCUGGUGAAGUUUCAAAAGAUUCUGAUUUGUCAAGGAGGGCGAUACAGAAGAUGAAGGCUAUGAGUGCAACCCUGUCGAAAGCCAGUAGAUUGUUCCCUGAUUGCUCGGCAAUGGUGAAAAAACUUCGUGCGAUGACGUAUAAUGCUGAGGAACAACUUCGAACGCAAAAGAAUCAAGCUUCCUUCCUUGAAAAUCUUGCCGGAAGAACUACUCCGAAAGGCCUUCAUUGCCUCUCCAUGCGGUUAACCACUGAAUACUUUGCCCUACAAUCCGAGGAGCAGAAACUACCUAACCAACAUAAAUUUCAGAAUCCAGAUCUCCACCACUUUGCUGUUUUCUCUGACAAUGUUUUGGCAUGUUCUGCAGUUGUCAACUCAACUGUAUCAACUGCUAGGGCUCCAGAGAAGAUUGUGUUUCAUAUUGUGACGGAUUCUCUUAACCAACCAGCGAUGACAAUGUGGUUCUUGUCGAAUCCUCCUGGCAAAGCAACAAUCCAGAUCCAGAGCAUAGACAUGUUUGAUUGGUUACCCAACAAGGAUACUCUGCAGAAGCAAGAGUCUCUUGAUCCAAGAUACACUUCUCAACUGAAUCACCUGCGCUUCUACCUGCCUGAUAUCUUUCCUUCUCUCAACAAGAUAGUGCUCCUUGAUCAUGACGUGGUUGUGAAAAGGGAUCUAAGCGGACUUUUGCGCAUCAACAUGAAGGGUAAAGUGAAUGGUGCGGUGGAGACUUGUCUUGAAGGUGAGCCGUCAUUCCGGCGAAUGGACAUGCUCAUCAAUUUCACUGACCCCAUGGUGGCAACGAAAUUUGACGUGAAAUCAUGCACAUGGGCAUUUGGGAUGAAUUUGUUUGAUCUGCAGGAGUGGAGGAAACGAAACUUGACUGGGCUCUAUCACAAGUACUUGGAGCUGGGAAGUAAUAGACCAUUAAUGAAAGCUGGUACUUUGCCCAUUGGUUGGAUGACCUUUUACAAACAUACACGUGCUAUAGAUCGGAGAUGGCAUGCCUUGGGGUUGGGGUACGACUCUGGUGUCAAACUGAAUGAAAUCGAGCAAGCAGCUGUGAUUCAUUAUGACGGAGUUAUGAAACCAUGGUUAGAGAUUGGACUCCAGAAGUUCAAGCCCUACUGGAAGAAACACGUUAGGUAUGAACAUCCUUUUGUGCAACAAUGCAAUAUUCAUGACUAGGAAUUUUAUCCUUUAGCAAUAGGCCGAGUUCCACUUCACCACAAUCACGUAGUGUAGGAACCCCUCACGUUCACCUUAUUCUUUCACACAUUGAUCCCGCAAUUUUUAACUUGUAAAGUCCAACUUUUACUCCCGUCCUGCCCACGUUUAUUUCCUGCUCAGCGGUCAUAGAAAUUUAUCCCACAAUAGCAAUAACUUGGGACCUGAUAUUGGCAUGUCCCUGAGAUUCCUGCAAUGCUUGGACUUGCAUGUAUAUUGAUCUUGUAGAAUGCUAAAAAUGUUUCUUAUGAUUUACCAGUUGUAGAUGAGAUAAGAAAUAUAUUUCUCUAUGA